GAAAAGCAACCCUAGGUUGAAGAAGAGAUUAAAUAUGUUGGUCUAGCACUAGAAGUGAAUGCACAAUUAGGUACAAUGAAAAAAAACGGACCAUCAUGUUUUUCUAAUGCGUUUAAUUCGGGAAAGUAAAUUGUCAUUGUGCUAUUGGAUUAAAGCUUAUUACUUAACACUAAGAGAUUUGACGAAAUUAAACAAACAUCUUGUGGGAACGUUUUAAUCAGUCUAGUCCGCAUACACAGAGGGGGAAAGUGGCCAAAUUUCUUUGGCGAGUCGUGGUGAACCGCAGUGACGGGAACUGACCAGAAGUGGUGCCACAUCAGACACCACAUCAGACACCACCAUGGCACAGAGAUAUCUGGCUGCUUUGGACUAUGCCGAUUACAACGCGCGGCAAAUUCUUCGCAAACAUGCCAAGAAACGGCCUCUUGGAGAGAUUGAACUUCGGCAUCGCUACACUCCGGCACAGCCAGUUCUGUCCUGUCGAACUGUUGACAUCGACGUUAGCGGAACCCGGACGUAUCGACCCAAAUCCAGUACUGACAUCAUCCAAGAACAACAUCGGCUUAUCCACACAAUAUACACCAAAAGACCUGUUGCAUCAGCACCUCCAAAAAGAAAUAUUCCAGCUCAAAAUAGCAACAGAAAAGUCCAGAGAAUAAAUAUCCAGGUUACUGGUCAGCCUUUGUCCAACAAUUCAGAGACUCCACUCCCAACAAGGAAAAAGUCAAACACCAGAAAACCUAAAAUCAAUGGCAGAGCCAAAAGUGCACCUUCAUAUAAAGUUGUAAGGUGGAGUGAUGACAAAGAGCUACUCAUGACGAGUCGGUCCACGAAAGCCUUGACCUCAAAAAUCCACCAGCAAUGGCAGCCAGAGAACCAUGACCUGAACUCUGGGGUCUUUGUACGGGGACAGAGUAAAGCUGAGGCCCCUCCCAGCCUCGAUACAUGGCUGACUUUUGGGGGGUCAGCUAUUGCUGGGGAGACUCCAGGAGGCAUUAUUGAUGCAUUUGCUCAAUUCAAGGAUUGUGGAGAUUUUUACAGUGUGGAAGGAGGUGUAGGUAGUAGGAUUGCACAACAAUUACAAAAAGGGGACCGUGUCAGAAUAGGAAUCAAUGGUCGUCCUCAGACACAUCACGUUAAACUCAAACAACGCAGUCUAAGUGAGGAAAUAAUUGAAGAGGAGCCACAAACUCAAAUGGAGAAAAAAACAGUGGUUCCUUUGUGUUGGGAUGACCAAGUGAAACUUCCGACUGCAAAAGUUAUCUCCCCAAGAUUACAGAAUAAUGACCAGCCUAGACCUAAUCUUUGUGAAACCCACCCUGUUAUAUUCAGUCAUCCUGAAGAAAACAAAACGCGUCCAAAACUCGCCUCUCCUUCACAUGAAGGCUACAAAGUUCGACAGCGACCUAAAUCAGGACCAGGCUUAGACGGCCAUGACCAGCAGAAUAAGAUAGUAGUUCUGUCCAUUGACCCCAGUGACGAUGAAGAUCAACUGCAGUCUUUGACUGUUGAUGAUGUGCUCAAACAUUCUAUCAGUGCCAAAAACUCUCCAAAGCAGGAAGCUUCCAAAAACGAAUCCUCUGUGGAAAACAGUGAAAGCCCUCCGGCAGACUCUGUGUCCGACCCUGAUAACACAGACAGGAGUCCUAGCAAGACUAGCGGGGCUGAAUCUCACGUCAGCAGCAAUAGUGAACCCUCAAAGUCUCCCAAGUUUAAAGCUGUCACUCCGUCCUUUACUGUGCAGCCAUAUUCAGUGGCUGACUUGACAGUUGGACCUCCCUCCGGUUCUUUUGUAAGAUCGCAAAGUGAGUUAAGUUCACGGUCUGUUGCUUCCAGUCGAGCAGGAAGUGACAGGUCCAUCAGCAGAAACAGUGACAGAGCUAGUGCAAAACAUAUGUAUAAACCGAGUCCCACUAAACCUAUUCGAGUCAAUAGCCCAGCUUCCUUUUCUAUGUACGGAACAAAAGGAGAGACAGAAUUUAUUCAGAUAUCUACACAGAUUAGAAACCCUAAUCCUAGAGAUUGCUCUGCGAAUAAGAAUUCAGACAAUUUCUUCUCACAGACAGUGAAUGAAGAAGCCAUUCGACAGGUUACGAAACAGAACAAAGCAGAGGACAGGGGGACUCCAAGAAUCACCCCCGCCCCUGCCUCCUCUCCUGAGCCCCUGGAGCAACAAUCCUCCGCUGCAACACAGGUUGCCAUUAACAUUCCUACAGCAGAAGACUUUAAUGAUAGAGACUCUGUAAUGGCUUCCCCUUGGCCGAACAAUCGUCACAACAAAGAGGUAGAAAAAAUCACAACAUUAAUGGAGGAUACUGCAGUGGAAAGGGAAAGUUCUCAAAAAUCUGUCAAGUUCAAGGUGGAGAAGUGAAAUGUGUACCAUACUAAUCUCAGAUGUUGUGAGUUAACUUCCAAAUCAUUUGCUUGUGUAGUUAUGCCGCUAUAUUCUUUCUGGCUGAAGAUUUAACUACAUGCAGCUUUCUUUUUUCUGUCGGAAAUGUUACCAGUAAAUAAUAGAUGGACUUAAAUUUACAUUAUCGUAAUAUAUCUUGUCUUGUUGCUUAUCAAUUUGAAAAUUUUUUCCUUUGAAAUGUGUUUUAUUCCUUUCUCUGUUAUAUGAAUUGUUAUAUACAGAAUAUCUGUGCAGAAAGAAAACUAAUUGACUUCCUAACAUGAUGAUAUAUGUGAUAACUGUUACUUUCAGAAUAAUCAGGGAUUAUACUUUGGUAUUGUUUAGUUCAUCUACAUGCGUCUUUUUGUACUUCUUUCAAGGUAGAGUGUUUUCCAUCCAGUAGAAUUUAUAAUGAUCUCUAGCAAGUGAAUAUAUGUCGUGAUUUUUGAUGCUACAGUACUUAACUAAAGUUGAUUGCUGUAAGAAGUUGGUAUCGAGAAUUUAGUUAGAUUGCUUAUAAUUAAUUUCAGUAGAAUAUACCGUAAGUUCAGUGUUUUCCCUUUGAUUGUUUAUUAAGUCUAUCUAUAAUUGCAACAAAUCCUCAAACUGUUGCAAUUUCAUUAAAAUCCAAUGAAACUUAGGGUUGUUCUUGUUCACUAUAAUUCUUGUUUAACACAAAAUUAAGAUUAAAUAUUUACACAUUUUCAAUAUAGGCAGGCAAUUAAAAAAAAAGCCCCUGCAAGUAACCCAAGGGAUUAAUUGGUGGUUGCUUUUAUGACAGCUAGAAUCAGUACAUUGAAUGUUUUGUAAUAUUGUGGAAUCAACAGAUAUUAUAUGAUAUAUUUCAGACCGAAUUCCUUCAUUUUGUAGGUAUUCCCAUGCUGGAAUACUAAUUUUUUUAGAAAAUUGUCCAUACCGGUAUAUGAAUCUAUGUUACAAUAAAGCUGUAAUGUUUUUUAUGAUUCAUUUAGUCUAAUAUAAUAUAUAUUGGUAAUCUGAAUAAGAUUUGGCUUAUGAAGUCUUUCAAUUUCCCCCUUUGUUUCUCCCACAAUCUAGCUUUUGAAAGAAUUUGUACUUUUAUAGAGUUAGUUUAAAUAUCUUAUAUGUCUCUGAGUAAGAAAGUCACCCUGUGGUCCUGAUUUUAUAAAAUAGUUCAAUAAAAUACAUGUACCGUAUGUCAUUAUCAGUUUAUCAUUGAACACUAAUUGUUUGCUAUUUUUAACACAUAUAGGCAGUAAUUUAACUGUUAGCAUUUCUGGUCAGCAUUGAAUAUAUCUAAGCCUUUUUGAUAUCAUAUACAGUUUUUUUAAUUGUUUACACUUAUACAUGAGAAUUAAUACCUUUCUAUCAUGGUAAAUUUUUAUUCUUACAUUUUUGAAAUUAUUUUCAAGGUUGCUUUCAUGUGUAGCACAAUUUGUGCUUGCAGCAAUUGUGGCGAUUUAUAGUUUAAUCAACAGCGUGUGCUCACAGUGUUUCAAGCUUUAUACAAGCAAACAUAGUGAUAUUGAAGUACAAGCUUUUAUCUUUUGUAUUGUGGGUGUCCUGUUUUGAUUCACUGUCUUAAUUGAUGAGUUUUUGUUAUUUUUGCAAAUGCUGCAUCACUGUGCUGUAUUAAUUUUUCUUUAAAAAAUCUUUUAAUUUGCAUAGAAAUACAUUUAUUCAUUUUUUUUAACAUGUUCAACAAAAUAAAAAAAAAGGUAAUAUGUUAAACAUU